UGGCAGGAAUUGUGUCAUAAAUAUUAACUGCCCUGAGCCUUAAUUUCCUCUUCUUUCAAAUAUCUAUCUCCCCACAGGACUGGUGUGAACAUUAAAUCACUUGUGAAGGCAUCUCACACAGUAUCUGGCACAAACUGUCCGGAAAUACUUGUUGAAUCUUAACUUCUUUUCCAUCUCCUUCUGCAAGUCAGGAGUGCCUGGGUAUGGCUCAAUCAGGUCUUCUUGUCUACAUAACAACGUUGGAUGAGGAGUAUUUUCAGUGGGCACUUGUUGGAUGUUCUCCCUUACUAGCCCCUAAAAGAGCCUUCAGCAGGGAAGAAAGAUGUCAGAUGAAGAGCUGGAAGACUUCGAGCCAGACCAGGAUGAUCUGGAAAAGGAAGAUGAUGAGAAGGAGACAGAGGAGUGGGAGAACUACAGGAAGGAGGGAGAAGAGUACUCAGAGGAAUGGAUGCCCAGCCCCCUCACGGAGGACAUGAUGAAGGAAGGACUUUCUUUGCUCUGUAAGACGGGCAAUGGACUGGCUCACGCUUAUGUCAAGCUGGAGGUUAAAGAGAGGGAUCUGACAGACAUCUACUUGUUGCGGUCCUACAUCCAUCUGCGCUAUGUGGAUGUUUCUGAGAACCACCUGACAGACUUGUCCCCACUCAAUUACCUUACCCACCUGCUCUGGCUCAAGGCUGAUGGCAACAAUCUGCGGAGCGCCCACCUGAAUGAACUGCCCUACCUGCAGAUUGCCAGUUUUGCCUAUAACCAGAUCACUGACACUGAGGGCAUCUCUCACCCUCGUCUGGGCAGCCUGGAUCUCAAAGGGAACCGCAUCCGCAGGGUGACCGGUCUGGACCCCCAAAAGCUGAUCAGCCUGCACACACUGGAGCUUCGGGGGAACCAGCUGGACAGCACCCUGGGAAUCAACCUUCCUAAGCUGAAGAACCUCUUCCUGGCCCAGAACAUGCUGAAGAAGGUGGAGGGCUUGGAGCACCUAAGCAAUCUCACUACCUUGCAUCUUCGAGACAAUCAGAUUGAAACUCUGAGUGGCUUCUCCAAGGAAAUGACAUCGCUGCAGUAUCUCAACCUGAGGGGCAACAUGGUGACCCACCUUGGGGAGCUAGCCAAGCUUCGGGACCUGCCCAAGCUGCGAGCCUUGGUGCUGUUGGACAACCCGUGCACAGAUGAGAAUGACUACCGCCAGGAGGCCCUGGUGCAGAUAGCACACCUCGAGCGCCUGGAUAAAGAUUUCUACGAGGAGGAAGAGCGGGCCGAGGCUGAUGAGAUCCGUCAGAGGUUGAAGGAGACCCAGGAGCAGGAGGCUGAGGCUGAGCACGACUCCGAACUGGAGCUGCCAUCCAUGUAGCUCUUCAAGCCUCUGGGGACAGUAAGGAAGCUGACAGAGAAGCAGGAAGAGGAGGCCAAGGGUCUGUCAGAUGGGGCAAGAGAAUUUGCUCUAGGAGGAGGUGGCUGAGGAAGGGAUACGGCGAGGAGAACCCUUGGAGACACUGGGCUUAGGAGUCAGGGGGUGUCUCAGGGUGAGGAGAAAGGACCAGAAGGGCCUGGGAGGAGCUGAGAAAAGGCUUAGGAGAAUACAUUAGGAGAGGAAAACUAAGGAGGAGAAUUGGGGUGGCAGGCAGAGAUGCUGGCGUAGGGCGAAACGCGGUGAAGAUCAGCUGGAAAGGACAGGUCUGGGGUGUGGUGUGGGAGGUGGGGGUGGAGGGUGGAGGAGGUGGUUGAGGAUGGAAGCAGGGCCUAGAAG